AUGACAUGGGAGGUGCAGUCACGGCGCGUGCGUCAGACUCAGUCGCGGCUGGAUGCGAAGCUGACGGCCUAUUCACAGUACGUUUCGGAUCUUGCACGGAAGAACGCGGCGCCCAGUGAUGCUGUCUCUGUGGACAUGAGCGGCUCGACGCCCUCUGUCCAGGACCGGGCGGCAAUGGAGGCGGAGAUCCAAGCGCUGCUUGUACAGUAUUCGGACGAGCUGGAUGAGCUGGGUACCACUCUCAACGAUCCGCUGCUUCCGCCGAAUAACACGCAGAAGCACGCGAUCCAGCGGCACCGUGAGCUGCUUCUGGACUUUGAGCGCGAAUUCUUUCGCUCCAAGACGCAUGUGCGUCAGGUGCUCGAUCGGCAUCAACUGUUGGGCCACGUCAAGCAAGACAUUCAUGACUACCGUACGCAGCAUGCUUCCGAAGUGCAAUCCUACCUCGAUGAGCGCUCACACCUGGAGCGCUCGCAUCUGAUGAUGGACGAGACGCUGGACCAGGCCUAUGCGACGCAGCAAGAAUUCCGCGGGCAGCGUGAGCAGCUCGGCCAUACCCUGACGCGGCUGACGCGCAUCGCGGCGCAGAUGCCAGGCGUCCAGAGCAUUAUAUCCCUCAUCUCGCGACGGCGGCGACGCGACACGAUCGUGCUCGCGGUCGUGAUCGGCGUCUGCCUCGUGAUUCUGCUCCUCGUGGGUGUGCGACGCUAG